AUGAAUUCUGGCGCGCAGCGCGCCGAGUCGCGCUGGUACUGCCCCCCCUCGCCUGAUUUCGUCGCAAAUGUGGGCGAGGAAUUGGAUUCGCUAACGCUGGAAGAUAUUCAUAUCGGCAGCAAUGACGAGACGCCCGUUUGGUCGCCGCGUCAAGCGCCGCAACUUGAUCACAUCGACUCGGAAGGCGAGGAGGAGCCGUUCGACGAGGACGAGGAGGAUAUGCAUGCUUCGGGAAUUCCUGCUGCACGUGGACAUCUUCUGGAUGCUCGCGAGGCUGACACGCCUGCAUUCCGAGCCGCGGUGCUGGCCAUGUUUUCCACAACGCUUGCGCUUCCGGGAUGGGACGCGGCGCAUGUACAAGCACAGCUCUUGCCGCUGCACCCUGACCAUGUGCAUUUGAAACGUAUUAGCGGCGCAUUCACCAACGCCGUCUUCUUUGUCAGUUACAAGGAUGUGCGCUUCCAAUGCGCGCAGCCGCCAACGCUGCUUUUGCGCGUGUACGGGAUGGGCAGUGGGGCGCUUUUAUCGCGUCGGUCUGAGUUGCUAGUUUUGCAUACGCUCUCAAGUCUGUACAAGAUCGGUCCCCAUAUUCUCGGCACGUUUGCCAACGGGCGCGUCGAAGAGUUUUACCAGUGCCAUGCGAUUGGCCCUGAAGGCAUGCGCGAUUUCGGUGCCAACGGCGUAGAGGGCAUUGCACACUGGGUUGCACGUAGAAUGCGCGAGCUUCACGAAGUCCCGCUCGAUGUGAUGCGCACGGUGCUCGAGCAGGGCGACCUCAAGGCGCCUUCGGCCAAAGGAUUCGGCCGCGGCAUUGAGAACAGUAUCAUGGCAUCGAGCCAUCAUCCGCGGCCGCGCAGAGUGCAGCACGGCCCGAGUUUGCAGCCCAUGUCGCCUCAGUGGAGCUACAGCCGCUACGCGCAUCCGAGCCCGCCGUUUUUCUCGCGCACAAGAAACAUGUCUACCAUGUCGUUUGAUUCGCUCGCCACGAGCUACGACUCGCUGGCCAUGAGUGUGCAAGGAACACCCGCAAAUGCACUCAGUCCGCACCAGGAAGCGUGUGUCGAUGUGCGCAUGUCGCCUUUGGCGCUCGAGCCGUCCCUUUCUCCGCCGCGAAAUGUGCACGGGCCGUAUCCUGGCGUUUGGCGCCGCUUGAAGCGCUGGAUGCGCGAAGCAAGCAAAGUACUCGAGCUCCUCAAUGUUUUUCUUACGACGGCAGAAGGGCGCGCCGCUAGCCGCGCGCUCAAACUUCCCGAAUCACUCCCCGUUGCAUACGAGCCGAAUAAUACGCCGCAGUAUACGACCCAGGAUAUACGUUCCACAACGACGCACUUUGAUGAUUUGUACCGCACGGUUAGGGCGAUGGAUCUUCCGCGCCUCUGUGUCGAGAUCAUGCAAUUUAAGGCAUACGUGCGUGGCUGGGAGCGUCGCGAAGGCAAGUCGCGGCGUGUCUUUUGUCACAACGACUCGCAGUACGGAAACCUUCUCAAGCUCGAUUUUGACGAGGAUGGAGAACUGCCCGCGAUGGCGUCAGGAAUGCCGCGCGCAGAGCUAGGCCAACUAAGCCCUGCAUCUGGUGCGCGUCGCCGCUCCCGCUCUCGGGCUCGCGGCGCUCCGCCGUACGAGCGUUUGGUUGUAAUUGACUUUGAGUAUGCAAGUCCGAACCCGCGUGCGUACGACAUUGCGAACCAUUUCCACGAAUGGUGUGCAGACUACCACGACAUGCAUAAUCCAUGGAGCUUGACAAUGCACCGCAGCUACCCAACACAGGAGGAACGACGUCGCUGGCUCACUGCGUACGUUGAGCAGGGCCGUACGAUGAGCAAACGCGGCAGUGCGCCAUCAAAGCUCGGCGAAGCGGAGCCUGUACUUGGGAUCGCCGAGAUGGAAUUACCGCCAUCGGUGAUCAGCGAAGGUAUACCGUCGUUGGAUGCCAAGGUUGCUGCAGACGUCGAUCGUUUGGAGCAGGAAGUUUAUGUAUGGUCUCCUGCGACCCACGCUGUAUGGGGCCUUUGGGGAAUAGUUUUUGCGCGUGGAAGUGUCGAGCGUAUGAUCAAUGAGGUGCGCAGCUAUGUAUACCCUGGCGAAGAUGGCGAAUUGGUGUAUGCGCCGAACAUGCCAGAAACACAGCAGGUGCAUGAUCAAGGCAGUGCGGAAAACUUUGAUAAUUUACGGUACGCGCUCGGUCGCGUUGAACUCUUUCGAAAAGAGCUCCGGGAGCGGCAUGUGGAAGUGUAG